AUGGCGUCCACCGACAUUGCUCCUCUCGUCUUCUCUAAUCUCCCGACUGAGCUCGUUCGGGACAUUUUCGAACACGCCGCCGUCUCGGACAAAGCCACGGCGCGCGCUCUGACUCUUGUCUCGUCCGCCGUGCGCCACUGGACUGAGCCCAUCCUGUACCACACCGUUGUCCUUUCGACGUCUCGGGGCUUGCGCUCAUUCCUCGCCUCGAUAUCGAACAAGCCCGCAGGAUUCGUCAGCACGCGCGUCGAACACCUGGGUAUAUUCGCGCUUGGCCCCGUGCAGAGCAUCGACCGCGUGCUCAACGCGUGUCGCGGUGUACGCAGCCUCGCCUGCGGCUUCCAUAUGCCCGGCUAUAAACAAAUGCUGGGCUGCGACGCGCUGCAGGCAAUGAAGGGCUCGCGCGAGCAACAUCUUCUCGGCCUCUCGUGUCGUGAUGGGUGGGACACUGGUCUUGUCGCCCCGUCCGUCACCCACCUCCGCAUACACCUUACCUCGUUCGAUACCGGUGCCCCAAACGCGCCAUUCGGGUUCGCAUUCGGGACCGGCAAUCCCACCGAGUCUGACUGGGAGCGACUCGCCACCCUGUCGUCGCUCACGCACCUUGCCAUCGUGUACCGCUCUUCUGCCACCCCUCCGGCAGCUGUCCUCCCUGCACUGCAACGGCUGUUGUCAUUAAAAGACAAUGCUCCCCCCGCUAUCAACCCGCCGCAACUGAAGCUCAUUCUCGUUCAAGUGUUGGGCGGCGCCACAGGGGACAAACAGCCAGAAGCGCCUGUCGAUGUUAUCAACAGUGCGGCUGUAGAAGAGGGCGGCUCUGCACUUCGUAUCGUCGCCGAGAAUGCACCGUCCUCCGUCGUGCGCCAGUGGGAAAGUGCGGUGAGGGGCGGGCCAGGAAUAUGGGAUGGCGCCGAGGAUGUGGUGAGGAAGAGGCUGGCUUCUAUCAAGCAGUCAUUAUGA